AUGUUUAUUUCGCUUAUAUUCACUCGGUGGCGACAAAAACGAAGAGAGAACGUCGUCGCGCUGGAUUCACCACAUAUCGUUCCGUUGCCUUCUCUCAUUGGAGAGGAAUCGUCUUCGAUUUUCUACUUUGGUAUCACCUAUCUUCCCGAUGAUUAUCAAGCAGGCACAAUUGACCCCUAUCAGCUCUUCGAGAAAAAACCAUCCGGCUUGCUCGAUUUACUUGACGAAGAGUCUCGUCUACCUCGACCCACACCUCAGCACUAUACAAUGGCAGCUUAUGGAUCUAACAAAGGGCAUUUCCGUUUGGAGAGUCCGCGUCGUUCACGUCUACGACAGCAUCGGGAUCUUCGUGAAGAUGAGGCGUUCCUCGUUCGGCAUUACGCUGGAACUGUUUGCUAUCAGACAGCGCAAUUUCUUGACAAAAACAACGACACACUACACAAUUCCUUGGAAUUCCUCGUGGAACAGAGCAGGUGGAUUUAUUGUUUCUGUUCGACUGCUCUCUCGGAAAAAGGCCGACCUACUUGCACAUUUAGGAUACUUGUCAUGCUGGAGCAGAUGCUGCAACGACUGCUUCCUUUAGUUGUAUUCUACUCGAUUACCGUAUUCUGCAAAGAUGACGAUCUUGUGGUACCUGCAGUACGAGUUGUUCGAAUUCAGGUCGACUAUCCGGAGGCAGCAGUUCAAGAAAUACCGAAAAUACAUAAAUGGAAUUCGAUCAUGCGCAACAGUGUAAUCGCUUCUCUGAGGUUCAUCAAUAAGCACUGGAUAAUUUGUGGAAGUGGUCCAAACGAUGAGAGGUUAGUGAGCCCUCCCGUCUUCAAAGCACUUUGUAAUUUGACGGUUUAUGGGGUAAGAUUUUUGAAAGACUGCAAAACAGCCCACUCAUUUCGUGGAGUUCGAUUCCUUGUAGAAGAAAAUUGCCGAUUUCUAUUGAGGUGGGGAUAA